AUGACCCUGUGCCAUACGAGGUUAAGCCAAAACGCCUCCUCCAUUGUGAGAAAGCUGGGAGUUCUUAACCACUCAUCUCUCCCUUCUCUCAUUUCUUUAAAUCUCUCCUCUCAUCUGUCUGUCUCUCUCUCUCUCACUACUUCCUUCCUUACUUCUUGUAUCCCUUCUCUCUCUUGCCUCUCCAGUCUCUCCGCUCCUUGUCUCGCCUCUCCAGUCUCUCCGCUCCUUGUCUCGCCUCUCAGUCUCUCCGCUCCUUGUCUUGCCUCUCCAGUCUCUCCGCAGUCUCCUUGUCUCGCCUCUCAGUCUCUCUCCGCCUCUCCUUCUCUCUUGCCUCUCCAGUCUCUCCGCUCCUUGUCUCGCCUCUCCAGUCUCUCCGCUCCUUGUCUCGCCUCUCCAGUCUCUCCGCUCCUUGUCUCGCCUCUCCAGUCUCUCCGCUCCUUGUCUCGCCUCUCCAGUCUCUCCGCUCCUUGUCUCGCCUCUCCAGUCUCUCCGCUCCUUGUCUCGCCUCUCCAGUCUCUCCGCUCCUUGUCUCGCCUCUCCAGUCUCUCAGCUCCUUGUCCGCCUCUGUCUCUCCCUCUCCAGUCUCUCUCCAGUCUCUCCGCUCCUUGUCUUGCCUCUCCAGUCUCUCCGCUCCCUCUCCAGUCUCUCCGCUCCUUGUCUCGCUCUCUCCAGUCUCUCCGCUCCUUGUCUCGCCUCUCCAGUCUCUCCUCCUCCUUGUCUCGCUGCACGCCUCUCCAGUCUCUCCGCUCCUUGUCUCGCCUCCUCUCCAGUCUCUCCGCUCCCUCUCCAGUCUCUCCGCUCCUUGUCUUGCCUCUCCAGUCUCUCCGCUCCUUGUCUUGCCUCUCCAGUCUCUCCGCUCCUUGUCUUCUCCAGUCUCUCUCCAGUCUCUCCGCUCCUUGUCUCGCCUCUCCAGUCUCUCCGCUCCCUCUCCAGUCUCUCCGCUCCUUGUCUCCGCCUCUCCAGUCUCUCCUCCUCUCGCCUCUCCAGUCUCUCCGCUCCUUGUCUUGCCUCUCCAGUCUCUCCGCUCCUCUCUUGCCUCUCCAGUCUCUCGCUCCCUCUCCAGUCUCUCCGCUCCUUGUCUCGCCUCUCCAGUCUCUCCGCUCCCUCUCCAGUCUCUCCGCUCCUUGUCUCGCCUCUCCAGUCUCUCCGCUCUCUCCGCUCCUUGUCUCGCCUCUCAGUUUCUCCCCUCCCUCUCCAGUCUCUCCGCUCCCUUGUCUCACCCGCCUCUCCAGUCUCUCCGCUCCCUCUCCAGUCUCUCCGCUCCUUGUCUUGCCUCUCCAGUCUCUCCGGGCUCCUUGUCUCGCCUUGUCUCUCCAGUCUCUCCGCUCCUUGUCUCGCCUCUCUCCAGUCUCUCCGCUCCCUCUCCAGUCUCUCCGCUCCCUCUCUUGCCUCUCCAGUCUCUCCGCUCCCUCUCUUGCCUCUCCAGUCUCUCCGCUCCCUCUCUUGCCUCUCCAGUCUCUCCGCUCCCUCUCUUGCCUCUCCAGUCUCUCCGCUCCCUCUCUUGCCUCUCCAGUCUCUCCCUCAAAAGCAGAGAAAGGCUCCAAAAAAUGGCAGACGAAAACUGCAGCAGAGAGUCAAUGUAUGUCUCUUUCAUUUAUAUUUCUUGUUCUCCUCCUCUUUUCUUUUCCCUCUCUCUAUCUCUCAUUCCCCCUCUUCUCAUCAUUCUUUCUCUUUUUAACUGUCUUUCCUCCCUCCCUCUCUCACUCUGCUAUAACUUUUCCCUUCUCUGUCUUCACAUUGUGGUAA